AUGAGGAGAAACUCACCAGAUGACCUUUCUACUAAACAAAUUGGUACUCUUUAUUGUCCCCUCCAUCCUACUACUCAAUCAGCUCCACCUGUUAUCACAACGCAACCUCCUCCACCUUCCAUAGUUGCAACUCCAUCGCCUCACGUCGCUAAAAAUCAAAGAUAUGGCCUGAUUACUUACCUAAGACAGCCUUCCUUGACCGGUGAUUUUCAAGGAUGGAGAGCUUCCGGCGAAGAGUUUGGUGAUUGGGGUUUGAGAAAGAUGCACUUGAUUGAUUGA